AUGACCGAGGAAGAAAAAAGGGGAGUGCCAUCCCAAAAGGAGAAAUUCUCUGCAUUCAACACUGAUUGUCGCGCAGUCUCGGCAAACGCCAGUAGUACGCCGCAAAUUUUACGCGGCGUAAUUCGUCGAUCGUAAUUACUGUUCCAAUAUUCUGUAGGACUAUACGUAUUGUAGUACACAUAUUAUUAUAUCAUUUGAAAUUACCGUCGGAAAUAUUAUCGAACGUAUACACAAUACAAAUAGUAAUAAUUGUCGCGUGUACGUUUCGUAAAGAAUAUUUUUAUAAUUGUAUUAGAUUAGAAAGAAGAAAGAAAAUAAAAAAAAAAAAAAACCGAGUUUUAUUUGAAUAUAAUGUGUAACCGAGACGGGACGCGGGACGAUUGUAACGACACCGUAAUAAACGCGCAGUGUCGUAACGUUUUUUUUUUUUUUUUUCUGUAUUCCGUUCUCCGUUCGCAGAUAACGGAGACGACGAGACCGCCGAUAAUUGCCCGUCGAUAAUAUUAUUAAUUAUUGUUAUCGGUCGGUCGGCCGUAAGGUCGUGCCGGGCCGGCCUUUUAAAUACGGCCGGUGUCCCGAACGCCCGGACAAGUCGAUCGGCCGUCGAGAGCCGCGCGCCGUCGUCAUCGCCGAGGAUUUUCGAGGUGUUCGCGCGCCCGCACCGGACCCUCGAGCAUACAACAGGCCCCCGUACACCGUGAGUAUGUUAUAAUGAUAUUGUCGAACGCGUUUUAAUAUCGUAAUAUUAUUACAGGGACUCGCGGGAGUUUGAGUGUUUCUAUUAUUAUUUUUUUUUUUUUUUUUAUAUAUAUAUACAAUAUAUUAUUAUACAUGCAUGGCCAGAUAAAACGGGUAACACAAUAAAUGUCCGAAUAGGAAAGACUGUCUAAUUACCGAUGGGAAUUUUCGAUUUUAAAAUCGUGUUCAUUUUCGGCGAUUUUGCCCGCCGGCUACGCCACUGCGUCUGUCGAAUGUUUAGCUCUUAUUCGCGCGCGUUUGCGAUACGUAUUUCGAUAAUAUUUGAAUACUUUUUCUUUUUUUUUUUUUUUCCGCUAAAUUAAUAAUUAAAUAAUUAUUGUCUUUAUGGCCGCGGCGACAUCGUUACACGAUAUCUUAUCUGCAUGUAUACGAACCAAGGCUAGGUUUUUUUUUAAUACUCUAACAUCGUAUUUACCGAUUUUUCACCACGGCAGAAACGCGCGCACAUUUUUUUUUUUUUAAAAAUUCAUAUUUUAACGGGGCGUCUGCACGUUCUACGUCGUUUCUUAUUUUUUGAUCGCUAUAACGCAUACGUUCGUUGUCAUGUCAUUGAGUCCCCAGCGGUGUAAUUAUUAGCGUUACUUUCGGGCGAUUUUACUUCACGGCCGCGUACGUUUUUUUUUUCUUCAAUAUUUGUCCGUUCAAUUGUUGUUCUAAUAUUAGACCGGAGUCGCUGGCCGAUUUUAGCACGCGGCCGUCUUUAGGAAUCGAUUGGCGCGUCCGCUGCCGUACAGCCGCGUCUCGAAACGAAACUUCAAAUCGCUUCGUUUCGAAACCGUAAAUUUCCGGUCGUGGCAGUCUUGUUCCGGAGGCGCGUUGUAGGCGGCCGCGUUACUUAUUUUGUUUAUCCGGCGUUUUUCUCGGCGACGCCGGAAUUUAGAAAAAAAAAAAUAUAAUAAUAAAACGGAGUUUUCCUCCCAGUCGCCGGGAGCUUUUAUUCCGUCGGUUUUUUAAUUUUUUUUUUUUUUGUACGAGCGCGCCGUCACACAAUUUGCCGGUUUUGACCGUCGCGUUUUUCUGAUUUUUUUUUCUGUUUUUCGAGCCGUUGUUUCGCAUACAUUUUAUUUAUAAUAUUUUAUUUUCGACUUCGAGACGGUGUCGCCGUCUUUGAGUACACGUUUUUUUAUCUAAUUUUUCGGCACCACGUCUACGUCGUUAUUAUUUUCUUUUAAAACUCGUGUUUUGUAUUUAUUUUUUUUUUUCCAAUGAAAAUGUAAUAUAUUAUAUUGUGUGUAAUCUGUAUGGUCCAAUAGUCCAAGUGGACAUUUAAAAAACGAUAUAGACAAAUGCGCCUCUUAUUUACGCUUUUUUACAUGUACACACGGGAUAGGAUUCGAAAAUUACAAAACGUAUUUCAAAACGGGUAGCGAAACAGAAUUAUAUCAGCACGGCACGCCUAACACUUAUGACUAUGGGGCUCGGAAGUUAUUGGAGUUGCAUACUUUUCUGUGCACAUUGGAUUUAUAUAGGAGAAGACCAAGUUAGAAAUUAUUUCUAUGCAAUGAAUAGUAUAAAAAUCGAACAUUUGAAGUGCAUAUAUUGCGUAAUAAGUUGUUUUUAGAGAAAAAAAUGCAUACUCCGUCGAUUUUCAUAUAUUUUUUCUCAUAUUCGCAUAUUUAAUGUUUGCUAAACAAAAACAAAUCGAUUUUUUUUUUCCAAACAACGUAUUUCGAUAUUAAUAUAUUCAAUGUAAAACUCAAUAUUGAUUUGAACGUAAUUAUUUAUUGUUAUUUCUUAUCUUCUCAGUCUAUUAUUAAUUUAACGACAAUGGCGUGAUUAGCGUUUUAAUCUUUAUCUCUUUUGUGAAAACAAAUACAAUGCCAUUAUAUGUUUUCGAAUAGAUCAACUUUGAAUAAUUUUUUGCAUAUUUAUCACAUUUUUUCACGCACAUAUUGCCUUUUUUAACUCCUAUGACUUCCGAGCUCUACUUGGUGACUCAUAAACGUUCGUAAAUCAAAAUGUCAAACGACUAAAUAAUUUUACGUCCCGAACAGCGCAGAUAUCUGUAAUAAUAUUACAUACGUUUCUAUAUAUUCGUUCUUAAAAAUAUUUGAACGAAAACCAACGGUUCGCAUUGAUUUUUCGGAAAUGAAGCGGGAACGCUUUUCCGAUUGCCGUGUUUUGUUCGUAAUUACGAUUUAUCCAAUCGGCUACGUUAUUAUUAUACGGUUUUUUUUCGUUUUCGUCUCUUUUAAAUUUCUCUCGGGGGUUCGUCCGCGGCCUCAGUCUACCGUACCACGGAAAAGCGAUUCUUCCGGUCCCGGUGAUUUCCCGGAGGCUUUUUCCCACGUCACGACUGGUUCGGUACCGGGUUUUCCGUGUCCGGUUUCUAUCGUCUCCGUAUCCGUUCUUCGCCCGUUUUCGGAAUAUCAGCCCGUCCGGAGUGCGGGAUUUUUAACGCGAACAAAAUAUGUCGACUAAAAAUGGUCGUGUCUAUCGUUACACGUUUAGUAUACAUACGCGAUACGCUCAUAAAAGCGGGAACAAAUUUUACCGAGUCGCGAUGUUAAUCGAAACGCGACGUUAUAAUGUUAUGAUGAUAAUAAUAAUAUACGCAUAAUACGGAAAUAGGUUUGAAAAAAUAUACAUUUUUUGUCAAUUAUAAGUAUUUAUAAUGUUUUUUAUUUUUUUUAUUUUUUAUUACACUUAAAAAUUCGAGAUUUUUUUUUUUUUUGGUCUUCUUUUAUUACGAUAUUAUAAUAUAACGUUGACAUUCCGGUUUACGUUUAGUGAAAAAAAAAAAAAUAAUAAUAAUAAAAAUUUGCAAUUUUAAUUCUCCAGACGUUUUUAUACCUACGCGUCGUACAAUAUAACAUGGCAAUGUAUGUGACGCGCGCCGCUCGAAAUUAUAAUAAUACACGAUUGUAAUUAAUUGUCGCGGCAUACGACGGUGAAUUACGAUUAUAAUAUUCGAACGUCUUGUUUAUUGUAAUUUCUUUUUUUUUUUUUUUUCUAAAUUUUUAUAACGCGCUUUCGGAUAUUUCGUUUAUAAUUUAGCGGGAAUCACGAAUCGAUAUUAUCCGUUUCGGAAUAAAAUAUCGUGUAUAGAACUUUGUUUUUUUAUUUUUUUUUUGUUUUUCAUAGAUAGUCGUUCGAAUAAAACGUCGUCCGAUAUUGAACAUUUUUCGGAAAAAUAACCGCGUAGCCCGCGAUUAAAAAUGUAACGUUAGGUUUUUUCUUAUAAUAAACUCGAGGCGAAACAAAACGUUUAGGACCCGCCCGUCGUUUUUUUCUUUCCGUUUUUUCCUACAACUGAAAUCUUAUUCGACCGUAACCGUUCCGACUGCAUUCUCAUUAUACUGUCGUAUUCGCUACAAACAAAAUAUUGUCUUAGUAUUUAGCGGUUUAGUGUUCUGUAUUUUUUUUAUUCCCCCAUUUUUCGACAGCAGUUUUCAGCAUUCGUCGCUGUGAUUCAGGACGUACUACGUUGUUUUUUUCUCCGAUUAUAAUAGUAUCGAUAGCUGCGGGAGCAACGCGGCUGCACAAACGAGAAAAAACAAAAACACACGCGGCUCCCGCGGGCACACGGUUCUGUUAUUCGACCGGCCGGGUCCUCGGCGCGGAAACCAUUACGGCGAGGACGGGACGCGGCUGCCGGUCGGCCGCCACCCUCUCGCGUCGCGCGCCAACCAUCGCCGCCGCAGUAGUAGUGCCGCACGGCAACAGCAUAAUAGGCACGGUCCCCGGCGAGUCCUCGGCCUCCGCCAACGCGUUUGCCCGCCGCCGCGAAUAUAAUAACGACGUCGCGACCCUCCGGUUGCGCACAAUAACCGUAACGGUAUACGCGUGUGUACGCGCGAACGGCGGUGCGGACGCGCCGUGCCGUACGCGUCGCGGAGGGUCGACACGAUGUUGCCGAGAGAAAGGGGGAAAAAACCAAUGAGGGACAAAAAAAAAAAAAAAAAAAAUAAACGAAACGUUAUCCGCGGGGAUCGGCUCGUUUCUCCCGCUCGCGUCGUUACGACACGCUGACGCGCCGACCCCCGCGAAAAACUCCUCGGCAAACUGCGCGGCGGUCCCGCGGCAGUGUUAUUCGCGCGCGCGGUCCGCGGAGUUGCGCAACAGUCGCGGGCGGACGUGCGCGCGGCGGCGGCGGCGGCGGCGGCGGCGGUGGAGCGCGUAUCGCGCCCCGGCACAACGGUCGGGUUCCGCCGUAUUUAUUAUAUUUCGUUUGUUUAGCGCGUAAGUAAACAGCCGAAACGAUAACGGCGUGUUGUUUGUUUUUCAGUGCACACGACGCCCGGUUCACGUCCGGCAGCGGCGGCGGCGGCAUCCGCGAGACGACGGGACGCGGGCCAGGCGCGACGGACACCGCGGAGAGACGCCCCGGGAUUCCGUCUCGAUCGGCGCGGAACACACGCGGACGCCGAGAACACGUCGACGACGCCAUCGCUCGCACGACUGUGUCAUUCCAACGUGGCGGCGGACAACACGCCGGCGAGAGACGCGCCAGAGGUGAUACGAUUUUCUCGCUACAUUCUAUUACCGUGUCGCGUACGAUAGUGCCGCGCGCUUGGGCCGGAUAGGCACGCGGCGGGAGGACAGGGGCCAGGGGAGUGUCGGACGACGUCCGUUUAUUCGUAUUCACCGCGCACUCGUUUCCGGCUCGAAACGGCCGCGGCCACGUCCGUUAUACAAUUAUUAAAAUACGGCUGGUUUUUUUUUUUUUUAACCGGGCCAGAUGUCGUUUGCGCGGCGAGCGAUUCCGUAAUCAAUUGCACCGAUGACGGCGGGCGUAAUCGGCGCGCCGGAUUUCGGUGAUUUCGAAAUGAACGUCGGGCCUCGGAUACACGCGCUCGAAAUCGGGAAUCGCGGCGGUCGCCGUUCGCCGCGCGCUCCCGAAAGCCAUCGGCCGGCGUUCGCGGAACCCGCAACGCGCCCCGUCGCUGAUUUGGGCGCGCGCGAAAAACGCCGUCCGUAAUGUUAAAAACGGAACCGUGCGCGCCGUGCUACCACUCCCGGGGUCCUUAUUCCGUAGAUUUCGUCGACUCGCGACGUUAUUGCGGCAAUAAAUAACAAAACGGCGUUCGUGUCGCCCGCGGAACGAACGCGAGGGGAGACGGUCGUAAAUUCCGGACCGCCGCCGCCGCCGCCGCCGCGUAUAACAAUACGUGUGAGCGAGCGUACGUGACGGCGGUACGCAUAUUCGUGUAUACGUGUAUACGUAUAUACACGCGUACGUUUUACAACAGAAGCGCGUUCCGCGAAAACCCUUUUUGCCGCGGUUGGUGGGUGGGGGGAGGAAGGGUGAAACUUUGCCGAGGGGGCGAGACGGCCAAUCCCGGCCGCGCGCGCACACGAUAAACCGUAUCGAUCGGGACGCGCCCACCGCCGCCGUCGCCUCCGCGCGCCCGCCACCGGCUAUUAAACUAUCGCAAAAGCUUCGGCGCUGCGGGCGCAGGCGCUCCCGCCUCCGCCCCCGGCGCGACUUUGCGCCCUCGCCGAACGCCGCCGCUCUCGCGGUACACCGCGGCACAACGCGGCCGUCCGUCGUCGCAGUCGUCGCCCAGCAGCAGCGCAGCCCCGACACGCAGUCGUCGCCCGAACGCGUCACGCACGGAUCCCGGGCGACGGGGCACGUGUGCCCGUCGUCGCCGCCGCCACCGCCGCCGCCGCCGCAGUAAAGGUAACACGCGUUCACUGCCCCGUAUUGCGAUUCCCCGAGCCGUUCCUGUCGCACGCCGCCCGCCGCACCUAGCCACCCGCCCGCCCGCCAACUAUCCCGGCCCCCUCCCCCCGCUCGCCGCCCUUAUCGCGGCGUUUUCGUUUCGACCCGCGGUUUUUUUUUUUUUUUUUUUUGCUGCCCGUCCCGCACAACACCAUCGAGCCCGGGUUUUUCAAACGAUUUCGGCGUUUUGUCCGCGCACCGCUCCCUUCUCCCGGAACCAUUUUCCGUCCCCGAACGUGUUUUUUUUCCGCAGUUUCUCCCGCUGCCCGGGCGGUGCAUAAUGUACGGGUUUUUUUUCUCGUUAAUUUACUACCACGCCAACGGUCACUAUUUCAUUAUUAUUAUUAUUAUUAUUAUUAAUGCCGCGGUUUUUUUUCUCUUUUUUUUUUCCAGUGUGUUUUCCAGAUGUGUGUGCGCCGUCGAACCGCGGGCUAUUCGUGCAGACGACGUCCGCCGCCGCCGCCGCCGCACCCGUACACCGACGACCGCGGGACCGAUGGGACGCUGAAUUAUGCGUGGCAUCCUGUACGUAUACUAAAUGUAUCCUGAGUGCAUUAUAUAAACUGUCCGGUAUACCUUCUGUAUACGUAACAGGAUGCCACACCGACGUCGUGACGAUGACAUCCCGCCCCCGCAUUAUCCGCGGAUCUUCCAUUGUACAGUGACGAUGACGACUGAUGUUAGAUUAACUAGAAUACGUAUUUUAUUUGUUUGGAAAAAAAAAAAAACUAAAUUUUGUUAACAAUGUUUUAUAGCGAUAAUAGAUAAUAGAUGAACGGAAAAAAAAAAAAUACACCACGAUACUUAUACGUAAGAUUAUUAUUUUUCGUUUGCAAGCCUACUCGAAUCGCACGGUUUAUAUUUACUGGUUCCCCUCCCUCCCCCCGCUGUAUAUAGUUUUAACCGUACGAUCGCGUCUGUUGUAUACAAAACGUGUAAAAACCAAAAUAUAAAAAAAAAAAAAUUGUAUAAUUAUUGCAUUAGACAACGGGUAACCGCGCGAUUGUAACCGUCGAAAAACAAUGAAAUGAAAAAAAAAACGAUUGUAUUAUAUAAUGCUUUGAAUAAAAUGUUUGUAUGUUUGUUUUUUUUUUUUUUUUUGUGUAAAAUAUUGUCGUGCGGCGUAAUUAACCGUCGACACAAAUAUAUAAUCACAUUACAAUAAAUCGCCGUGUGCUGCAUUUUUUAUUUUUUUUUUAUGAUAUGAAAAUUGUAUAAUAAACGAAAAUUAGGCUUUUUACCGUAUUGUAUACGUAUAGUAAUUAGCUAUAAGAGUAGGCUUGCGUGUGUUUAGAAUUUAUUUAUUUAUUAAUUUUUUUUUUUUUUUGUACCGACGACACACCGAUUUCGUUGAAUUAAUAUUACAAUAUUUACGUUAAAACUACGGCGGUGGUAAAAAAAAAAAAAACGCAGCAUUGCGUGCGUGCACGUUAUACACACAUGCAGACGGCGAAUCGUUUUCGGCCUUUGGGGAGUAAUAACGAUAAAUUAUUGAAACUCGGUGACCGACGGGAAUAAAAUCGCGGGCAAACGGAGUCUGCGCUUUUUUCAUUUCAUUUUUUUUUUUUUUUUUGUACUGACUAAAACGAUAAAUUUAAUUUAUCGCGCCCGCGAGCGUACCUAAAAAACGAACGGUAUAUUUAAUUGGGGGAGGGGAGUAAGAGGUUAAAGGCUCCCACCAGCGUCAUACUGUUUCGGUUAAUAUCAGUAUCCGACAAACAUAUUCGAUUCGAUGGGGUUCGGGACGGGUUUUCGGGUAGGGCUUGUUCCCCCUUUCUCUCACCCUAACAGCUCUGUUCGCGCCGACGGUACGCCCUGUAUAAAAACUGCAGCGGUUUUCGGCCUUUCCGAGUCCGCGGCCCUUCUGAUUUCGAAGACCGAACUAGCUGCUCCCCUCACGAAUAACGAAAAAAAUAAAACCAAAUACAUUUACUGUGAUACUCUACUGUAUGUAUGCACGCACUGUUAUUAUUACUCUCGGCACGAGACCGCACGACGCCGCGCCGCACGGGUUGAAAACAACUACUCAAAAGUACAGGGUAGAGUCACCUACGGUCACUUUUUCUAUUGAUAUUCGAUUUGUCCCAUGUGUACGGUUGUUAAUCGAACCGUUUGAAUACGUUAUUAUAAUAGUCAUUACCAAUACAGAGUUACCGAUACGAUUUGAAAGCGUUAAGAACAAUGAUUUGCGGAAUGAUUUGUAUCAGUAUUAAUAUUUUGAAAUUGCGUUUUCCCCGGCCUGCACCCUAUGUUAUCUAUGUUUUUUUUUUUUUUUUUUUAAUAAUCGAACCGCGCGAUAAAUAAAUAUGAAUGUAGACGAAUACAACAAUAACCAAUAACGUGCGGGGCAAUCAAAUUACAAAAUUUUACUAUUAACGAAUAAAACACAAAUGA